AGCCUGGCAAACAUACGGUACAGUAACGCCAUGCGCUUCAGCUCAGACCCUGCACCUUUCACUGUGGUACACUGAUAUUGAUAUGCCGACCGAUGGCAACAUUGAGAUCUGGGCGGCUAAUAAUGGAAGAGACUGACGGGACCACAUCCGGGUGGUGGCAGUACACUCCGUUUGACCCUGUCAAUAAAGCACGGGUCUUCCUGCAGCUGAGACCCAGGAACUUUCAUCAUCGUUCUUUCAUCAGCUCUGCCGAGUUAACUCCAGCUCAGCCGAUGUGGAUUUUAUGUGCCACACCCUUCCUGAAGAGACCCAUGCAACUAGCGGUACAUAUGAUCCGGAUAGUCCUUCAAAUGCUGGCCUGUAAGAAGCCGUUGGGACAUGUACAGGUGCGCUCACCCGAGUCAUGCCUACAGCCAUCCGCGUGUUCCUCAGGCAUGUGCGUGCGCAAUACGGGCCUGGGACCGGGGGACACAUUCCUGCCUCUGCGCCCCGGACUUCACAGUCUCCUUUGGUUAUGUAAGUCUUGGAUGAGCUGGUCGGAUGAUCAUGGGCCACCCCAGGCAGUGAUUUACAAGCUUUCCUCGUCUGCACCGUCGAUCUGUCAGUGACACGGACCAACUCGGAUUACAAAUGGCCGGGAGUGAUAGUGCAAAAGUCGGUCUUCAAAAAGCCAAGAAUGCGAUGACUUCAAGCGGAGAGACCAGCUGCAUCACUUGGCGGGGGGGGGAAGUCAAGCUGAUGUCACAAAAGCAAAGUGAUGGAGCGGAUGUUUGUCAUCCCCAUCUGCAUCUCCUAUUACUUAGUUUCAUCUCGGCCCGGAUU